AUGGCCCUUCACGCCGCUGCCGCCACCGCGGAACAAGAAGCAGUUCUACACUCACGUCUGCCACCACGAAGGCGUGAGCACGCUCAUGAACCUGAAGAGAGACUACGACUACAACUCGUACGUCUUCCUCUAGACAAGAGCCAAGAGUUCGCAGCCAUGGAUCACUGCACCAGUUUUGGGUUUGAGAUGGAGGACGAGGCGGUUCUCGUGUCGAACAGAUUGAUCCAGAUGUAUGGGAGCUCCGGGCUGGUGAAGAAAGCACGGCAGGUGUUUGACUCCAUGGGGAUUCACAGGGAUAGUUUCAGCUGGAACUCCAUGAUCUUUGCGUACUCGAACGGGCAGCUGCUGGAAGCCAAGGUGGUGUUCGACGAGAUCCCGCUGCGCAGUCAGGUGGUGUGGAACUCGAUGCUCUCGGCCUUCGGGAAGAACGGCGAUCUCCAGGAGUCGAGACGUUUCUUUGGGGAGAUGCCCGAGUGGGACAUGGCUUCCUGGAACGCCAUCCUAUCGGCUUCGUCCCACAACGGCGACUUGGAGGCGGCCAGGGAGCUCUUUGCUCGAAUGCCUUGCCAGAAUAUUGUGUCGUGGAAUGCGCUCCUCUCGGCGUGUGCACAGGACGGAUCUCUCGACGAGUGCCGGCGGUUGUUCAAGGCCAUGCCCGAGAGGAACUUGAUCUCCACCACCGCCAUGCUCACUGCCUAUGCCCGGACCGGGCAUAUCACCGAAGCUCGACGCCUGAUUGCGUCCCUGGAAGAGGUGGACGUCGUGUGCUGCAACGCCAUGCUCGCUGGAUACGCCCAGAACGGAUUCCUGGAAGAAGCCAUCGAUUUCUUUGCUGCGAUGCCGCAAAAGGAUAUGGUCUCCUGCAACGCGAUGCUGGCGGCGUAUGCUCGAAGCCGGAGAGUCGCUGAGGCCAGAGCGCUGUUUGGAAGGCUCCCAAGGAUCAACCUCGUCUCCCUCAACGCCAUGCUCGCGGCCUACUCGCAGAACGAUCACGUCCACGAGGCUGUGGAUCUCUUCUCGAGCAUCCCGGAGAUAAACCUCGUCUCCGCGACGACAAUGGUGGCGGCUUUCGCUCAGACUGGACAGAUCGAGCAGGCCAAGUUUGUCUUCGAUUCGGUGCCGCAGCGGAACCUGGUUGCCUGGAAUGCCAUGCUCUCGGCCUACUGCCAGUCCGGUCUCGCGGAGGACGCCAUCAAGCUCUUCAACCUCAUGCCACACCGGGACGUUCUCUCGUGGACUUCGCUGCUAGCCAUGCACGUCGCAGCGGGGAACACCACUGCGGCCAGACUAAUCCUGGACAGAACUCUCUCGCCAGAUCUGAUCUCCUGGAGCUCCAUGCUCGCUGGCUACGCUCGAAACGGACAGCCAGCCGAGGCCUUGGAUCUCUUCCACUCGAUGAAGCUCAUCCACACUGUCGACGAUGCUUGCUUUGCCUCGGCCAUGCUGGCUUUCUGCCAUUCCGGAGAUUUGUACGCUGGAAGGUGCUGCGUCCAGUCCAUGAGAGCUGACUUUGGGAUGCGCCCAAUCAAGCACCACUACUGCUGUGUGAUCACGCUCUUGGGCCGAGCCGGGUUCUCGGACAGUGCUUACGAGCUGGCCUGGAGCAUGCCACUCGAACCGGACGCCUUGGAGUGGAAGUGCUUGCUGGGCGCCUGUGGAAGUCACAGUAAUCUCCAGAAGGGGGCGUCGCUGGCCGGACGCCUCUUGGAGAUGGACGUGAGUGAUGCCACAUCCUACAUCGUGCUGUCCAACCUCUGGUUCUUCUCGGGCCGCCAAUUGCAAGCUCCAGGGACCUUGGAACCAGACUAG